AUGAUUCACACCUUAUCCCCUAACUGUUCUCGUCCUUUGACUUCUUCUACUGUCACCGAUUUCAAUUUCAACAGGAGAAGAAAACUCAAGCUAGGUUUUCUUUUUUCCAUUUCUCAAAACACUACAACAACUCUAGGCGUCUUUCAAUUAGGUUUUCCUGAUUUUAACUAUGAUGCAUUUUUUAAACCUAACAAGAGUCAUGUUAGAGAUUUAGCUCCACCUGUAAGGUGGAAAUUGAAUGAAGUCAAUAUUGAAACUGAACUGGAUGAGGAGAAGAAUGAUUCUUUUGAUGGCAUAAACACUUCGAAUUCGGAUAGAGUCCAGGAGAGUUAUGAUGAGCGAAAAUCGAACUGCGAUGACGAUGAUGGUGUUGAGGAAGGUGAAAAAAAAGAGCAUGAUGGUAAGAUUGAUGUUAGAGAACUUGCUAUUAGUUUGCAGAGUGCUAAGACUGUGGAGGAUGUUGAGGAGGUUCUUAAGGACAAGGGUGAUUUGCCUAUUCAGGUGUAUUCGACGGUGAUUCGAUGGUUUGGUAAAGAAAAGAGACCGAAAUCUGCUAUGAUUCUUUUUGAUUGGAUGAAGAAGAGGAAGAUAGAGACUAAUGGCUCUUUUUCGCCUAACCUUUUUAUUUAUAAAUGUCUAUUAGGUGUAGUUAAGGAGUGUGGGAUAUUUGCGGAGACAGAAGGUAUUUUGAACGAUAUGGCUCGAGAUGGUGUUGGAUAUGAUGUUAUGACAUAUAAUUUGUUGAUGGGGAUUUAUAUUGAGAAAGGAGAAGGUGAAAAAGCUCUUGAUAUGCUUGAGGAAAUCCGUAGAAAUGGGCUUACCCUGUCUCCGAUGUCGUAUUCUCAGGCUGUGCUGGCGUAUCGGAAAAUGGAAGAUGGUAAUGGAGCUUUGAGUUUCUUUGUUGAGUUUAGAGAAAAAUAUCGGCUAGGUGAAAUAGGAAGAGACGACGAUGGUGAAGAUUGGGAGAAAGAAUUCAAAAAGCUUGAGAGCUUUACGAUACGUGUUUGCUAUCAGAUAAUGCGAUGUUGGCUCGUCAGUUCUGAAAAUAAGAGCAGUUAUGUGUUGAGGUUUCUUGUUAGUAUGGAUAAUGCUGGGAUUCCACUGAAGCGUGCGGAACUUGAGCGACUUGUGUGGGCCUGUACUCGCGAAGAUCACUAUAUUGUUGUGAAAGAGCUGUACAUUCGGAUAAGAGAACGGUAUGAUAAGAUCAGUUUGUCGGUCUGCAACCAUACAAUUUGGCUGAUGGGGAAAACCAAGAAAUGGUGGGAAGCUUUGGGGGUUUAUGAAGAUUUAUUGGACAAAGGGCCAAAGCCGAAUAACUUGUCAUAUGAACUCAUAAUGUCUAAUUUCAGAUUUCUUCUUAGUGCAGUCCAGAGAAAGGGUAUUUGGAAAUGGGGUGUCAGGUUGUUAAACAAGAUGGAAGAAAAAGGCUUAAAACCUAGAAGUAGUGAAUGGGAUGCAGUUCUUAUCGCCUGUUCGAAGGCUUCGGAAACGUCAGCAGCUGUGCAAAUAUUUAAAAGAAUGGUGGAAAAUGGCCAAAAACCAACUAAAAUUUCAUACGGUGCUUUAUUGAGUGCACUUGAAAAAGGAAAACUAUACGACGAAGCCUUCCGCGUGUGGGACCACAUGCUCAAGGUUGGCAUUGAGCCAAACGUGUAUGUCUACACAAUCAUGGCUUCAAUUUACACUGCACAAGGAAAUUUUAGUAGAGUUGAUGCCAUAAUUCAGGAGAUGACAACGUUAGGAAUCGAAGUAACAGUAGUGAUGUACAAUGCUAUAAUCAGCAGUUCUGCGCAGAAUGGUAUGACUAGUGCAGCUUAUGAAUGGUUUCAUCGAAUGAAAGUUCAGAACAUCACUCCCGAUGAGGUAACUUAUGAAAUGCUGAUUGGAGCCCUUGCAAACGACAGAAAGCCAAGGCUUGCAUAUGAGUUAUAUUUGAGAGCUCAGAACGAAGGCCUUGGUCUAUCUUUAAAAGCUUACGAUGCUGUGUUGCAAUCCGCUGAAGCUCAUGGUGCCACCAUUGAUGUAGGUUUAUUAGGACCUCCUCCUGCAGAUAAAAAGGCUAGAGUGAAAGUUGGAAAAAACAUACAAUCUGUCACAUGUUCCCAGGAGAAAUAA